CUAUCGCAGUAGUCAAGUUGUCGAAGGGGCAAAAGAAAAGAAAAAAAAAAAAGAAUUAUAAUUUAGCUUUAUUUUUAUUGAAUAAUUUUUCCAUUCAUUUAAGAAUUUCUUGUCAGAGUGGUCACAGAUAAUAAAAAAAUUGCGUAUAUUUAGUUUUUUGUAUAAUAAUUUGUUCAACGUUGUUGUUUUUUUUUGAUAACAGACAGAAUAGAAAGAGCUAACUUGAAAGUCAUUUUUUACCUACAUAUAUUUUUGCAACUAGUUUUUUGUAUUACCAUAGACAAAUAAUCAAAAAGAAAGAAUUUUGCGUGUGGAAGAGUGUCGUCUGUCAGAAUUUUAAAGCAAAUCAAAUAAAAUACAACCAAAAAAAAUGAGUGAGCGUGGUUCUGCAAAUAAUCUCAAUCUCAAUUCGAAAGAAAAUGAUGACGGCAGAGAAAAAAAAGAAGUUCGCGUUUGGUGCGAUGGCUGCUAUGACAUGGUCCACUUUGGCCAUGCCAAUUCACUCCGUCAAGCCAAAGCACUCGGUGACACUCUCAUAGUCGGUGUUCAUACCGACGAAGAGAUCACCCUCCACAAAGGUCCACCCGUCUUCACUCAAGAAGAACGCUACAAAAUGGUUCGGGGAAUUAAAUGGGUCGACGAGGUUAUCGAGGGCGCCCCCUAUGUCACAACCUUGGAAACCCUCGACGAAUAUGAUUGCGAUUUUUGUGUGCAUGGUGAUGACCUUACCACUACAGCCGAUGGCAUUGACACUUAUCAUUUAGUCAAGACGGCAAAUCGAUAUCAAGAAGUCAAGCGAACUGCUGGCGUCUCGACGACUGAUUUGGUGGGCCGGAUGCUUCUGCUCACUAAAAACCAUUUCCAUCAGGGUUCCAAAGAGUAUUCGAUUGAGAAAGAAGGCUCCUCGAAUAUGGGACAAGAUUCCACGGCAAAAAGUCCCUGGACUGGUUGUAGUCAAUUCCUGCCAACUACCCAGAAAAUCAUACAAUUCAGUGAUGGGAAAUCACCAAAGCCGAAUGAUAGAAUUGUUUAUGUCGCGGGGGCAUUUGACUUGUUCCAUGUGGGACAUUUGGACUUUCUGGAGAAAGCCAAGCAACAUGGUGAUUAUAUCAUUGUUGGACUUCACACUGAUCCAGUUGUGAAUGAGUACAAAGGUAGUAACUAUCCAAUUAUGAAUCUCCAUGAGAGGGUGCUGAGUGUGCUGGCAUGCAAGUAUGUCAAUGAGGUGGUCAUUGGAGCACCUUAUUGUGUGACCGAGGAUUUGAUUGAUCAUUUUAGUGUGAAUGUUGUGUGUCAUGGUCAGACACCGAUAGCAUUGGAGAAUGGUAUAAUGGAUCCGUAUGCUAUUCCAAAGACUAAGGGUAUUUUUAUGCUUAUCGAUUCGGAGAAUACAAUGACAACGGAGAAGAUUGUGGAACGUAUAAUCUCACAUCGGUUGGACUUUGAACGGAGGAAUGAAAAGAAAGAGAAGAAGGAAGUGGAGGCGUAUGAAGCUUACCAGAAGUCGAAAUUAGCUCAGAAAGCUGGUUAAAGGUCGAAUAUAUGAAGAAAAAUAAAAAAAAAUUAAUCAUAAUUUGUGUAGAAUCUUAUUU